AUGCUUUAUCCCAUCUACCCUGGCAUUAACAUCUUUGCAGCCUCUCCUGAUGAAGGCCUGGCUGCUGCUGUAGGCUGGGUCGAACCAACCGCCCCUUUCCCCGCACUCCAGGGCAGCUCGCACUUCCAGCCGGGCGGCGGGGACAGCCUGUACGGCUGCAAGGAGGCGGUGCGGCGCCAGAUCCGCUCCGCGCGGCAGAUGAUUGCCCUGGUUAUGGAUUCCUUCACAGAUACCGAUAUCUUCAAAGACCUCUUGGAAGCUUGUAGCCAGCGGCAAGUCAAAGCAUAUAUCCUUCUAGAUCAGUCUUCGUUUUCCCACUUUCUGAAAAUGUGCAGGGAUCUAGGAGUUGAUCUCGAGCAGGAAAAGUUGAUGAGAGUUCGAAAUAUCACGGGGAACACAUACUACACAAGGUCAGGUGCCAAAAUUGUUGGAAAAGUCCGUGAAAAGUUCAUGUUAAUUGAUGGCAUUAGAGUGACAACAGGUUCCUACAGUUUUACAUGGAUGGAUGGCAAACUGAACAGCAGUAACAUUUUGAUCCUGUCGGGCCCUGCAGUUGCACACUUUGACCAGGAAUUUCGGACUCUUUAUGCACGCUCCAAGCCUGUCAACCUCAAAGAGUUCUCUGGCAGCAAGAAGAACAAGGUGUUUGAUGAGCUGGUCAGGAUUACAGUGGCUUCUAGAGACUUAACCAGGGAAAACUUUCUGAGAAUGGAGUUUUUGUAUCUUAGAGCAUUUGUAGGAAAUCUAAAAAGGAAGCGAAACUGGAUGCAUGCCUCAAGGGAGGCAGUCUAUGUGUCAAGUAAUGCAAUGCAUGUUUCUCCACCACUGACUAAGAGGAAUGGCUCUCUAGUUAUGAGGCCACACUGGAUCAUAGAGAGAUGAAUUGCAUGUUCACUCAGAGUGAGACGCAAAACCUGAGGAACCGUGUCCCAUGGUCUGUGUCCCGUACUGCCUUGCAGUAUGUCUGUGCAAGCAGCUGGGAAGCCAGCCUCAAGCUGAGAGAAAGGAAUACUGGAAUUGUGAUUGCAGUUGAACACUUCUGCAAUGUCAAUCAGCAGAUACAGUUAUGGUAUUGUCUUAGGCGCAGAAGUGCUUUUGAAAAACAAAACAAAACUCUCUAACACCUGAGAAGCCAUUACUGACUUCUGGUGUUCUGUCAGUUUUUGUUUUAACUUAUUGGGUUGGCGAUGUCUUAGUUCAGUAGCUCAAACCUCAUUUUCUAUAUGUAGAUUCCUUAAAAAAUAUAUUGCUUAGGAUUCUAAAGAUGAAUAGCAGGACUGCUGUUAGGCUCUGAAAUCUGAAGUCUUGUGUUCCUCAAACAGUUCCGUGAUGCAGAAGUGGACAGGAGUAGCCAUACCCUAGAAACUAGGUCAGUACCUGGCUACUAGUCCUCAAAUGUUACAUGCUGUUUACAUGAAGCUGAGCAGCUAGGCAGAACAAGUUAAUGUAUCAAGUUAACGUGUUUCUGCCAUGACUUAAUUCCAAAUUAUCUUUUCUUUUUAGUGAUAAGAACACUUGGAUUGUGACCAUCACAGUGAAUACAUUUUAAACGCCUGCAGUCAAAGGGCUAUAUGACUAAGAACCUACUAAUAUUAGUAGCAAAGCCAAACAAGACUUUUUCUUUGCAUUUUAUAUGUUAUGGUUGCUACUGCUGCCUGAUCUUAUAGGAAAAGCUGAGUAGAUCUGAAGUCUGUGAAGAUGCUUUUAAUUGUAAAAAGCUUUACUUCCACCUGACGGGCAGCCUCACGGAAGUCAGAAAUAGAGCCGUUUCCUCUAGUUGUUCUUGAGGCUCUGCUGCAGCAGAAAUCUUGGGUAUAUGCAUGCUCGUGGAUUCUGGGCCUCCAAGGGGAAUCUGUAAACUUAGCUGGGGAAUUUCAUAUGGAUCUAAGCUAAACACCAGCAGGAGAAUUUCAAAUUGGACAUGUGGAUCUUACAGAAAUGGCAUUUCCUGCCAAAGCAUUGUGCCAAUACACUGAUUAGGAUACAAUUAAGAGGUGUCCUUUCUCUUCUCUGCUUACGAAAAUGGCAAUGUAAUAGUUUUGAUUCCCGAUGUGUAAAUGUUCAGUGGUUUAAUAGCGUUGACUUUUACCCUGAUGUAAAGAAAUUUUAAAUAUGUAUUUUUGUUCUUAUUUUAGACUAUAGUUUCUGUAAAUACCCUCAAAAAGACUAUUUUGUACAAAUCUUUUCUGCAAUCUUACUUUCACAGCGAUGAUCAUCUUUAUGUUUGUUUUCACAAUUACAACUUUUUAACUUUG